UCAGUUUCUUUUCCUUCCAGCUGCUGUGUGUUUCUCACAUUAACUCUCAGAAUCUCUCUGCAGGUGACAAAGAAGCUCGCGGGUAUCGCCUCCGACACGGCCGCCUGGGCUACCAACGUCGGCAAUGAGCACGGGCAGGUCCUCAUGAGCGUCCUCACCUCCACCGAGAGAGCGCCGGGGGCCUGUCCGGGAUGGCGGCCGGCUUGAUGAGGCGGUACCGACUCGCCGGGGUACCUCCCCCCCAGCUGAUCUACGUGGACCGCGACUGCUGACAGCUGUCUUGUUUCAGGUGUGAAAAGGACACUGUUGACAGUUGUGCUGCAUCAGCACCGUGGCUGGAGAGUUUAACGUUUUGUUUGUUUCGCAGGAGUGGGAGCAUCUCGUGGUGAGACUGGACAUCUGGCACCUGAUGCGACGCUUCGCAUCAGGUGUCAACACCGAGAGCCACGAGCUGUACCCCACCUUCAUGAGGCAGCUGUCUAACUGCAUCUUUGAGGUGGACGCCGGAGAUGCACGCCGUCUCGCAGAGGCUAAGCGGUCCCAGCUGGAGGGGAAGCACGGGAUGGUUGGACUGACGGACGCCGCGGUGAACCAGAGGAUCUCCAAGGAGGAGUGGAGGCUCCACGUCCGCCGCAGGACACGGGGGCCUGAGGAAUCGGCCCUCCUCAUCCAGGAGCUCCUCGACACCUUCGGUGGACCGGCAGGACGCAACAACCUGGGCAUCCCGUUGCUCAACGCUCUCCGCAUCCAGGAAAUAUGGAGUACGCAGAGGACCCACCUCAGCUGCAUCCAGGACCCGCCAGGUGUGCAGCUGUACACCCAGACGGGCCGGCUGACCAAGGGAGGAGUCAGCCUGCCCGUAUAUCGCUGCGCGAGGGGCUCCACCUCUCUGGAGUCCUUCCACCUCCACCUUAACCGGUUCAUCCCAGGGACCCGGGCCAGCGCCAAGCACUUCCAGGCGUUCCUGGUGGAUGGACUGGUGAGGUGGAACGAGGACCGCGCAGCGGCAGCUGCACCACCACCGGCUGCAGACGAGGGACGGCUGGGACCUCUGCACUCCUACAGUGGCCACCUCAAGCACGUCCUUAACCAGAAGAGCCAAAGAGUGCUUGGUCUUCAGAUGGUUAAGGACUUCACCGAGCCGGCUGAGUACACAGGGGAGCUCAUCGGAGUGGAGUACCUGUACCAGCAGACCGGCAAAGUGCUUGAGGACGUCAGCCUGGACCCUGACACUCCGGACGAGGCUCCUGCCAUCGAGGCGCUGGAGGAGGAUGAGGGCAUCGAGGAAGACGUAGAGGACCCUACCGUCUUCGGGCCUGAUACUCCGUCCUCCAGCGUGGCAGCAGCCCGGUCAGGUGAUCCAGCUGACGCACCGUUUGAGCCAUCCCGUUCGGGUCAAGUUGCCCCUCCUGAGGCCCCAGAGGUUCAGGACCCUGAUCCCCAGCAGCCCUCCUCAGACUCUGAAGAGGACAUCCAGGGUCCUGAUGGCCAGCCCGGGUACCGGCACAUCCUGAAGCUGGCCCAGGCGCUGGUGGAAGGGAGGAACCUUCUGGGGCUGUCUGAGAAUAGGGUAGACCGACUCAUCCUGCUUUGGACUCGCUUGGCGGAGCAGGACAAGCGGCGAGUCGACUACCCUCCCAGAUACCGGGAGAGGCAACCAAAGGGGCGGUUCAAGGCAGCGAAGGGGAAGAACACCUCCUGUGCUGGAAAGGAGAGUCUCCAACGCUGCCUCCUCGGGGUCAACUCGGGGCCUUCCACCUGGCCCAGCGCCAGUCGCCUGGUGGAGGCCAUUUGCACGCUGCUCUGCAAGCUCCACCCGGCGGCCACGCGGGUCGGCGGGAUGCACAAGCCCCGGCUCAGCCUCAUCCUCGCUGACUAUGUGUCCAUCAGAGAGGUAGUGCUGAGCACCCCGAGGCUGAUGGCUCAGACGGACAUCCAGCUCUUUGAGCUGAACCACCGGACCCUCAGCCAGUGGUUCUCUCGCAAGCAGAGGGGGGUUGGUCACGGGCUGUGCGGCAGCAGGGAGCUUUCGUCAUCCCUGCAGGUGUCGCAGCCGAGCCCCUCCCUCCCGUCAAAGGGCUGUCCUUUGUUAAAUGGGGAGCAGCCUGGACCUUUGUCCAGCGGCCUUCCUCCACUGCCCCUGGGUGUCUUCCCUGGUCCUGCCGGUCUGCCUCCUCAAAGUCCCGGACAAAGCAGGACCACUGUCUGGAGGAAGAGGAAGGCGGCCGAGGCAGCGGCUGCUGCUGCUGCUGCAGGUCAGGUGUUGCCACCCAAGAAUCCCCGUCAGCAGUACACCUGCUCCAAGUGUGGUCAGCCCAAAACAUUAGAAACUGGCCACACUCGGCUUUACGGUGUAACGUACUGUGCUGCUGUCGGGGGCAAGACUGUGGAGCAGUGGAGGGAGGAGGUCCAAAGGACUCAGAGCGGGGGGAAAUGA